AAUCGGUAGGGUUGGCAGGUCUGCAUACGUCAUGAUACGGGAAGUAAACAAACCAGAGAAGCAGUUGUCAUCACGCUCAUGAGACCUCACAUCCCGUGCCAUGACAGCUCGUGCAGAUCUCCCAUUGAGGGUGUCAAACCGGACAGUAACCCCCGCAGUGCCAUGGCUGAGGUGUUAGGACAUAGGAGCUUGUUGGGCUUUGGUGUUGUGUUGGCAUGGCUGGUGCUGUUCCACCUGCUGGUCAACAUCUGGCUGCUGUGCGUGUUCACCAGCCUGCUGGUGGUGCUCGGGGGCUGGCUCGGGUCACAGGCCGUCCUGGAGUCCAACAGUGUGGUUCACCUGGAGAGGUUCAUCACCAUGGAACAGGUUCCACCAACUGUGGAGGAUGAGCACAAAUUGGACCAGGAGAUUCACAACACUGUGAGGAAAAUCAUCAGGGACUUUGUCACCUCCUGGUACUCCACUGUGUCCUCUGAGAGUGGGUUCGAAACAGAGGUUCAAGAGGCUAUGAUCUCUAUGGCCAUGGAACUGAAAAUACGUGCUAGACAGCUCGACAGGAAGGAGCUGACCCAGAGGAUCCUGGAUCUGUUUGGCUGCCACCUGCAGGACUACAUCAGAGCCAAAGAGCUGCUUACCGAAACGCCUCGGACAGCAAAGUACAGCGGUGAGAGCGAGCAGCUGUGGAAAGCGUAUUCCAUGGUUACCAUGCCUCAUCUCGCCAUGAGCAGUGACACGAUGGAAGUCAACUACACCAGAGCGGUCACAGAUUUGUUGCUGCAUGUUUUGGUUCCUCCUCCUCACUUAGAGACCCGUACCGGCCGCUUCGUUGUUGGAGAACUAAUCACCUGCAACGUUAUGCUCCCUCUCAUUGCUAAACUGUCGGACCCGGACUGGUUAAACUUUCUCGUGAUCGGCUUAUUCAACAACUCCUGCAAACCACAGGAACCAAUUAAAUCAGAGCUACUUGCUUCAUCCCCAUCUCUACCACCACCGCCUGCUGAAUCCGAGCUUGCUCCACCGCAAGAGACCACAUACGUUCCCCAGAAGAAUAAUGAAGUUUCUGUGACUGAAGCUGUCAAAGAUGCAGAGAUGGCCUCGCCUGAGCAGGCAGCCUAUGAUGUGAUUGACUCCGAGGAGAUGAACGAGAAUAUAACUGAAGAAGAAGAACCCACUCUACCCUUUUUGAGGCGUUUCACGAGAGGAACCAAGUCAAACCCAUUUUACCAGGAGAACGACUCUGACCUGGACUCUCCUUCCGCUGACUAUAAGCAAAGUUCCAUUGAUUCCCUAGUCAUGAUCAGCCCAGAAGACAACAGUAAUGGUGGGGACCUGGAGGAUGUUUGCCCCAGUCCAGUGGAUGGUUCUUGUCCUAAAGUCCUGGUGAAUUCUGAACCGGUGGGGCAUCCUUAUGAUCUGUCGUCAGGUAGGAUGGCAGAGGGGACUCCUGGUAAUGGUAGACUUCAGGACGUGGACAAGGAGGGCAUUUCUCCUUUAGUAAAUCCAGCCAGAGAGUUUCUUCUGGGACUAGAGACCCCUGGGUUGGGGAAUCCCAAUGAGCUGACUGUCAGUCCGUUACAGGGCUCCUCCCCUAUACAGUCCUUCAGUUUUGAGCCCCUCAGCAGCCCUGAUGGACCGAUCAUGAUCCAGAACCUUCGCAUCACUGGCACCAUCACAGCCAAAGAGCACCGCGGCACCGGAUCACACCCCUACACCCUUUACACUAUCAAAUAUGAGACAGCAAUGUGCUGUGAGAACCCAGAAGGGGUCCAGCCGGGCUCUGAGGAGGCUGAAGUCCCCCCCUCAGGCUGUGACAAUCCAUCGCCCAUUCAGCAGGUGGCCUAUCACAUGGUCAAUAGACGAUACAGCGAGUUCCUCAACCUGCAAACACGGCUGGAAGAGAAAACUGAAGUACGGAAACUCAUCAAAGGUGUGAAAGGUCCAAAGAAAGUCUUUCCAGACAUGCCGUUUGGAAACAUGGACAGUGACAAGAUAGAGGCCAGGAAAGGACUUCUGGAGACCUUUCUUAAGCAACUUUGUUCCAUCCCUGAAAUCGCCAACAGUGUGGAGAUGCAGGAGUUUCUGGCUCUCAAUACAGACGCCAGGAUUGCCUUUGUCAAGAAACCUUUUAUUGUGUCACGCAUAGACAAGAUUGUGGUGAAUGCCAUCGUGGACACUCUGAAGACAGCGUUUCCUCGUUCUGAACCUCAGAGCCCGACAGAGGAUAACGAGUCAGAGAUGGAUGGAGGGAAAAUGAGUACAGACAAAAAGAGUUCUGACCAUUUCACUGGAUGGGAAGCCUGUGAGGGGUCAUGUCCCGCAUGGAGGGGUCUAGGACGGGACUACUCAGCGUAAAACUUCCUCUG